GGUGGAAGGAGCAGGGACGGUCAGCGGCGUUGCUUACGUGCAGGACAGAGAGAGAGAGAGAGAGAGAGAGAGAGAGAGCGAGAGAGAGAGGCGUUGAGGUGCAGAUUUGAAGAUACUUUUGAUGCUGGGAAGAAGAACUCGAUAUCCAUCACACAAGGACUUACAUAGAUCACAUGCAGUCUCAGCAGCUUACGGAAGUGGUUGGCGAUCCGAAUGGCUCCCGGCUGAUCUACUCCGGGCAGGCUGGAUUUUCAUCAGGGCAGCAGAUACUAACUUCUCCAGAGAUGACCCACGAAGUGGUCAUCUCCCCUGGACUCCCCACUCCUCCCUUGAGCCCUUUUAGCUCAGCUAGACUGCCAUCUGGAGAGUUCAAGGUUUCAGAAGUGAAUGGAAGUGGCCCAACAGUUCUCAGCUUUGGAUCAUAUUAUGGCCCCUCACAAUUGCAUGGUGGACUGUCCAAUGGUGACCAUGGCUCUGCCACUCUACCACGCAGCUGGACUCCAACCAGGGAGGAGCGGCUCAUCAAGUUCUCUGGAAUCGGUCCAGUGGAUGAAACUGGGAUGCCCAUUGCCUCCAGAUCCAGUGUGAACAAACCCAGAGACUGGUACAAGAGCAUGUUCAGACAGAUCCACAAGAAGCCAGAGGAGCCUGAGCUGGAGGAUUCUGAGCGGUGGUCAGCCGAACGGCUCCAGUUAUCCGCCAGCACAGAAGAAAGCAGCGACACAGACAAGAAUCUGUUCAGACUGACACCGUAUGGCGCUCUACCAGACUGGAGCGAGGAUGUAGAUAAGCUGUCAGACCUGGGAAAGCAGCACCCUCAGCCGAAGAGCAUAUUCGACUUUGAACCGGGAAAGAGCAGCACUUCAGAGAUCCAGAGCCAGACGUAUUUGUCCCCGAAGAUACAGCCUGAGAAACCAAAGCCUCCUUCUAUUGAGGCCAGUCUGGUCUCUGAGCUGAGUCGAUUUGAGGCUGAGCUGGACUCGGAGAUCCAGGGCCUGGAGAGGACGCUUUCCCAGAAGAAGCAGCGUCGAGGCCGGGGUGAGGAGGCCAGAGGCAGGGAUCCAGCAGCUGAAACCGCAAACUACAGCAGUUCCCCAUCAUCACAGCAGCCCGUCCAUCGCUCUGUCGGAACGUCACUGGCUUCUGCUCCCACAUAUGUAGAACGUCUCUCCCCUGCAAAUGAAACCAUGGAGCUGCCGCCUAAGAAAGACGAGAAGAAGAUGAAAGCAGCACGAGCCAAAUUCAAUUUCCAGGCUCAGUCUCCCAAGGAGCUCACUCUGCACAAGGGUGACAUUGUUUACAUCCACAAGCAGGUCGAUGCCAACUGGUUUGAGGGAGAACAUCAUGGAAGAGCCGGCAUUUUCCCCACAUCUUAUGUAGAGAUUGUUCCUCCUACCGAGAAGCCGACACCUAUCAAGUCUCCCACUCUCCAGGUGUUGGACUAUGGAGAAGCUGUGGCUCUAUUCAACUUCAAUGCCGACCUACCAGUUGAACUGUCUUUUCGUAAAGGUGAGGUGAUCAAUAUUACCAGGCAAGUCGAUGAAAAGUGGUUGGAGGGGAGGAUCACAGGGACCAGCCGGAGCGGCAUCUUCCCGGUCAAUUACGUCCAGGUCAACAAGAUGCCUCGCACAAAAUACUCCACAGACGACUACUCACCAGGCCCCAUGUCUCCCGUCUCCCCUGGACCCCAGAGUCCAGGACGUCCACUCAACUCACCCUGUCCACGUUCACCAUUUUCCCCCACCUCCCUCAGCCCCAGACCUGAGCACUCCCCCUUGAUGCCAUCUUCACCUGUAUUUUACAGCAGCCCAGCUUCACAGUCACGCUCCCCCACCCAGACAGCCGCACCCAAAGAAAUGGCAAAUCACUGGCCGCACAGCACCUACAAAACGGCUUCACCCACCAACCAGAACAACCACUGGGCUGGGACACACUCGGCUAACCAGAGCUCCGCAGCUAGAGCAGUUUCACCCUCCACUCAGUCAUCAGCAUCCGCACACAGAGCAGGAGCUACGGCAGCGAACACUUCCAGAUACACUGAACCCUCGCAGGGUGCAAUACCAAACCAAGCUGCUCCGUCUCAUCCACAUGUCAACUCCCUGCUGCAAACACACUUCCCCAACGACACCGCUAAAUCAGCGGGGCAACGCAAACCAUACAAAGCUGUUUACAACUACAGACCACAGAAUUCUGAUGAGUUGGAGCUCAGAGAAGGAGACAUUGUACAAGUGAUGGAGAAAUGUGAUGAUGGCUGGUUUGUAGGUACGUCAGAACGGACUCAUGCUUUUGGGACUUUUCCUGGGAACUAUGUGGCACCAGUUUGACUUCCAGGUUUCAUUGCUUGCCCACGUCCAUCUGGACUCACGAGAGCUCAAAUAAUCACACCAGCAGAUCCUGCUCUGAAUCCUGCAGCUUGUCCUCAUUCCGUCACCCACCACCUCACUCCUGAGCCUGGUUCAGUCAAACCUGCAUGUUCCCUCUGCCUCUAAGAGCAGAGGUGAAGGCCGGGACCCUGUGUGGUGCCUCACCUCCCUGCAUGAGUGUGUGCUUACGUGUGUGUGUGUGUGUGUGUGUUGCUCUGAGACUUGGAGAAUGUUUUCACAGACACGGUUAGAGAGGAAAUAAUAAAUGCUGAUGAUACAGUUUCAGAAGCAAACGGUCGUUUUUGUUCCAGGGACUUUUGCUGCAGGAAAAUUUGCAUUCCUUCCCACUGAGCAGCACAAUUCCUUCCAAUGUUCAAUUACAGUAUGAGGCUGCAUUUAGUCCUGUCACAAACCACUGCUGAGAGUUUUGAAUGAGGAUGGUACAUUUCUGUUUGUGCAUUUGUCGGAUUACUAAUGUUUCCUCCAUAUAUCCCCUCAGAUUCUCUUUCAGAUCUCUGAAAAUACCCUGGCCAAGAUUGCAGAAACAACAUAAACAUCUGUAGAUGACAUGUCGAGAUAAGUUUGCAGCCUUAUAUAAGGCUUUGUAAAAGAGGAAAUAUAAAUAACGCGUGCACUUAUUUCUGAAGAAAUUUGUUCAUUAUUUGCAGAGCUGCCUUUUUUUAAUGUAACGUUUGUCCAUCAAGCAAUGUAGUGAAAUGCCAAAAGUGAAAACUAAGAGGUGGAUCAUGCUCUGUGCUGUAAUAGAAUAGGAAAAUACACAACAACUCUGAAAGUUGUACCCGAUCAUCUGUGUUGAAAAGCUCUAAGUUUAUUCUUUGCCUUCACAGCAAACGCUUAAUGUUUUUGCUGUAUGUGCCAAAUCCAACCGUCCAUAACAUAAACAAAAUUUAGAUCCAAGCCCCCUGUAUUUCUGCCACAUUUGCUACCACUGCUUCCACAGUGUUUUUUCUCUGUUGCUUAGGGAGUUAACAUCGACAAUCUGAAAAAUAUUCAGAAAAUCAUUAACGUUUGUGCCAGUGCAGCGUUUGAUGAAUGUUUUCUCUCUAAGCCUAAUUACAAAUCCUCAUCAUGAAGUCAUCUUAUUUGAUAUGAUAUAUUCAUGAUUUCACUGUAAAAAUCAUGCAUAAUGAAUUAUAUUUAGUAGACAGAGGGGAUGAUUGUACAGACUAUAACAUUUUAUCCAAUUAAAAGUAUAAUAUAUAUUUGCUUUUCAAAACUGUAUCUCAUAUGUAUGGUACGUAUUUUUCUAAAGCAGUUAUACAUU